UUUCGUGCCCUUUCCGACGAGCGACUGGUUCUUGCUUGAACGGAGGGUGCUGCAGUGACCCAGUUUUUCGACUCGACGACCCGCUAAGGACCAAGGUUUCCUCAGGUCACCCACCGAAGCGUUUUCGACUCCCUUUGCCGCGCAGUUUGAGCCGAGAAACGAAAAUGUUCACCUGCUCCAGAGUAAUCACCAGCUUGUCCAGGAGUUUCAGCACCUCCUCCGUGAACAAUGCCAAAGUCGCUGUUUGUGGCGCGAGUGGUGGCAUUGGACAGCCUCUGUCCCUGCUUCUUAAGCAGUCACCCCUUGUCACCCAACUGUCCCUGUACGACAUUGUCAACACCCCCGGCGUGGCUGCUGACCUCAGCCAUAUGGACACCAGGGCCUCCGUCAAAGGAUACAAUGGACCUGAUGAGCUCAAAAACGCCCUGAAGGGUAUGGAUGUUGUCAUCAUCCCUGCUGGUGUGCCAAGGAAACCGGGCAUGACUCGUGAUGACCUCUUCAACACCAACGCCUCCAUUGUUCGUGACCUUGCCCUGGCUAUUGCAGAAGUUUGCCCAAAAGCCCUGGUUGGCAUCAUCUCCAACCCUGUCAACAGCACUGUGCCCAUUGCUUCAGAGGUCCUUCUGAAGGCUGGUGUCUACGACCCCAACAGGAUCUUCGGCAUUUCCACCUUGGACGUCGUUCGCGCAAACGCCUUCAUUGCCGAGGCCAAGAACUUGGACCCUGCCCAAGUGAACAUUCCAGUCAUCGGUGGACACUCAGGAGUGACCAUCAUCCCCCUGAUUUCUCAGGCCAAGCCCAGUGUGGAGUUCCCCGCAGACAAACUGAAGGCCCUCACUGAGAGAAUUCAGGAGGCUGGAACUGAAGUGGUUAAGGCCAAGGCCGGAACUGGAUCGGCCACUCUCUCCAUGGCCUAUGCCGGAGCCCGAUUUGCCCUUUCUCUGAUCAAGGCCCUGAAUGGCGAGCCCAACGUCAUUGAGUGCACAUACGUCAGGUCGAAUGUCACUGAAGCCAAGUACUUUGCCACCCCAGUCCUGCUCGGACCUAACGGAAUCCAAAAGAAUCUUGGAUUCGGCAAACUUUCCGCCUUCGAAGCUGGCCUUCUGGAAAAAGCCAUCCCCGAGUUGAAGAAGAACAUCCAGAAGGGAGAGGACUUCGUCAAUAAGUAAAGACUCAAUUGGCAAACCAUCAGUAUGCAAGCAGUGUUCACUCACUAUUUUUGUCUGGAAACAAUCCAAAGAAAGGAAAAGGCCAACGUGCUGUACAUACAUGUGAGAUGAAAAAAAAUGCAUGUAACCCUGAAAUUAUAGAUGAAGUCAGAAUGUGAAUGCAAAGGGACGUCUGUCAUUAAACAAAAUGUUACAGUCUUA